AUGUCAAGUCUUGGAGGGCUUGGACUUCUUGGAGGGCUCGGUGCAGGAUACGGUGGUGGAUACAGUGGCUACGGUGGUCUCCUGAGUGCUGGUAACUAUACCGUUGGAUACAGCCUUUCCAAUGGAUACAUCCACGGAAACUACGUUGGAAACCAGUACGGAGGACUGAGUGGGCUAUUGCAUAGUCGUACCCACGUGCCCGGCAAACGAAGAGCUGAUCUUGAACCUGUAUUAGGCCUAGUAGGACUUGGUAGACUCGGCUACGGAGGCCAUGGACUUGGCGGUUUACGCCUAGGCCUAAACGGAGGAUAUGGUGGUGGAUAUGGUGGCUACGGAGUUCUCUUGAACGCUGGAAACUAUGCCAACGGAUACAGCCAUUCCAAUGAGUAUAGUCAUGAAAACCACAUUGGUAACCAAUACGGAGGACUAGGUGGGCUGCCCCAUGGCCAUACCCAUUUGCUUGGAAGGUGA